CAGCGUUUGUUUGCACAUCACACCGAUGCAUAACACAAAGCACAGUGACACCAAGUCCACAAUCACAUUGUGAUUGUGAUGCAGUCUCCUACCAUCGCUUCGGAAGGACGGUCGCUCUUACUCGCAGCGAAACUAAAAACAGUUGUCGCCCAACACGCGUCGUAUUUGCGCCCGUAACAAAUGAUAAACAUAACUUUAUAGUAUUGAAGUAUUAAAUAUUCCUGCAAGUUGUGUAAAAUAAUACAUAUUCACGUUGUUUGUGUAGAGCUUUCACCUUAUAAGUGUUGAUAAAAGCAGCGAUGCCGGCUCAGAUGGAAUCUAGAAUUGUGCCACGGCAAGUUACACCAGAAAUAUCCAAACACAUGCUGUCAGACAUCGAGAAGCUUCCGGGAGUGCAGCUCGGAGAUUUCCUGCUGACCUUCGAGCUGGAUGAACCCAGGCCGUCCGUCCAGGAGAUCGCAACGAAGGAGCUCCGGGAAAAUCCAGAUAACAUUAAGACAGCUGUCGAGGAGUUGAGGAAGCUGCUAAAAGACGAUAAAGACUUGUACGUGCCCUUAGAAAGUGAUGCGUGGCUCAUCAGAUUCCUCAGGCCUUGUAAAUUUUACCCUGAAAGCGCCUACGAUCUGAUAAAACGUUACUAUGCGUUCAAGCAAAAACAUCACAAACAGUACGACGGGCUGGUGCCAAGCAGGGAAACCAACGUGUUCAACCAGAAUAUCCUCACAGUCCUGCCCAUAAGGGACCACCUCGGCCGGAGGGUCCUUGUCCUUGAACUAGGCAAACACUGGAAUCACAACAAGUGCACCCUGGACGAGGUGUUCAAGGGCUGCGUGCUGUUCCUCGAGGCCGCCAUGUUGGAGCCGGAGACGCAGAUCUGUGGAGCAGUGGUCAUCUUCGACAUGGACGGCUUGUCCAUGCAGCAGGUGUGGCAGUUCACGCCGGCGUACGCGAAAAGGAUUGUUGAUUGGCUACAGGAAAGCAUACCGCUCCGCGUGAAAGGCUUAUACAUAAUCAAUCAGCCUUACAUCUUCAACGUGGUGUUCCAACUGUUCAAGCCGUUCUUGAAGGAGAAGCUGCGCUCGCGAAUCCUAUUCAUCGGGUCGGACCGCGAGCUGCUGCACAAGCACAUCAAUGCCAAGUGUCUGCCGGCCUGUUAUGGCGGCACCGUCGACAUCCCCAAGGUCACCGGCUCGCAGUGGUUAGAGCUGCUGCUGAUGUGCGACAAAGAGUUCGAAGCUAUCAACUCCUACGGCUACAAGAAGAAAUGAUCAUCGAAAAUGCUUUGAUAAAUACUAUAAUUGUGUGAUUUUAGAGAACUCAUAUCCUAAGGACCACUAUGUAGCGUCAUUCUAAGUAGGUACUUAAAGUUAACAGAAAAUAAAUAUUUAUUCCAUUUACACGAGCAUGUAUAACAAUAGGUAUUAAUACUUAAUAAAACAACUCUGCUACAGAAUAUUUCAAUGAUGUUUGUGAAAACAAUUUAAUAUCUACAAAAAGUACAAAUAUCUAUAAAAAAAACCCGUUAAAUUGCUCUUUUUUUUUCAAACCAAAGAAACUUUGAUUAACAUUUUGUGAUUUUUUCGAAAAUUAUCGAUGAAAUGUAAAAAAAUGAAUAUUUUUUUAAUCAUGUUGUAAAAUAAACAAACUUUAAUUAUUUAUUAUAAAAACCGAAUAAAUACAUUCCAAAUAUUUUAAUAGUCUAUAAUAUUUGAAAAGCACAUUUUAUGAAAUAUUUCGUGUCAUGUUUGUAAAGAAAUUCAAUACUGAAAAUACAUAAGGACUUAGAUUUAAGUUAAUUAUUUCUUUGAUCUGAUUGCCAUUUUGUAGAAAAUAUUUGCUUACCUCAAAGUGCUGUAAUUUUAGUAUUAGCUAUUUAAAUAUCUUUAAAAAUACUUAUUUUAGACGGCGUUAUGAAUUUUUUUCGAGAAAAUUCUUUUUUUGUCGUAUUCCACAUAAAAUUUUAUAAUGUGAUAAUUAUAUGAAUGCCUAGCAAGGUAUUUAGAUACUAAAUGAUAGCCUACUAGAUAAGGCUGGCUGUAACUUAGGAGUGAUACCUAAGUAUACCUUUGAAAUUGGAAAAAAAAUGACAGCUAAUUUAAAAAGAGGCUGAUUAAGACUCUCUAAUAAAAAAAAAGGCGGCGGCUGUGAUACUGGUAUAAUUGAACAUUAAUAUCCUUUUAAAUAUGAGAGAUCGCAGAAUUUUAUUUGUAACAAGAUAAUAUGUAUUUUUAAUCAAUUUUUAAUUUAUUCAUAUAUAUGAAAUAUUAUUAAUAUACACCAUUUUAAAGCUCAAUUAUAUUUUGGUACUCGUAAAAUAAUUAAACUUUAUGAACUGAAUGCGGGGUGAAAAUAGGGAUAAUAUUAGCAUAUACUUAGGUUAAUGUAUGUACAUCACAUAACUAUUUUGAAAAAUGUACAAAACAUUAGAAUUAAGUAUUAAAAUGAUGGGGGAUUUCUUUUGUCGAUUCUUUUAUUUUGUGAUACCAUAUUAAUGGAUGAGGUAGUUGUUAUACACAACGUUUACUUUAUUGUAACUUGUAACUAAGAACGAAAGUAACUUAUAUCCUUUUAAAAUUUUAAUAACCUCAUAAAUGUUUACAUAGGUAUAGGAAAUUGAAAGAGUAUAUAUAAUGCGCAUUUAUCUCAUUCUUAUUGUUUUGUGUUUAAUGAACUUAUAGUAAACAAACUAUUAAAUUUUGAUUACACUAUUAGUAAGAAGAAAUUCAAUAUAAACAACAGGUAAUCGGUGCCUUAUCAAGAUCGUCUAAAAGAAUAUUCUGUCCAUCAUUCAUAAGCGUCAAAAUGUAAAAUGUUCCAUUUAUUGUAAGCCAUUUUUUAUAAAAUUCGUUAAAUCUGAA